AUGUUAAAAGGUUCUGUAUUCAAGAGAUUUCAUCAUUUUGCAAGACUCGAUCUUCGAAUUGGCCAUGUAAAUAACGUUAUCAGACAUCCGAGCUCUUCAAAAUUAUAUGUUUUACAAGUUCAAACAUCAAAUCUUGAACCACUGGUGAAUAAACAAAUAUGCUCGGGUUUACAAGAACAUAUUCCCAUUGAAAAUUUACAAAACCAAUUUGUAGUUGUAUUAGAAAAUAUUAAAAAAUGUAAAUUAAGGGGUGAGGUUAGUGAAGCUAUGCUACUGUGUGGAGUACAGCAAUCUUCAACAGAUGUAAACAACAAUAAUACCAACUCAUCAGUUACUAGCAAAGUUGUUCUAUGUAAACCAUUGAAAACUAAUCCUGAUUUAAUAGGCCAAAGGAUUUUAUUAAAAAGUGGAAUCACUUGUUCCCCACCACUUUCAAAACUUGAAAAUAAGGAAUUAGUGAAGAGACUAAAGUCCAAAGAAUGGGAUGAUAUUUCUUCCAGAUUAAAAGUUAGUAGUAAUGGAGAUGUAGUUUAUAUUCAAUCAGAAAAAGAAAUACAAGAAGCAAAUUCAAAUAACAUUGAAGAUUCAUUAGUUGUUUGGAGUAAUGAACUAAAUGAAUAUAUUCCUAUAAAAGUUCAAGGCUUACCAGAAGGAAGUUCAGUUUGUUAA